GCCGCAGUAUCGAUCAAUUGUCGCCAUAUCCAUCCAGUCCACUCUUUGAGCCGCCCUCCGGCCCUCGUCGCAGACUGCAGGGCUGUCGACCAGCAAGCACCAUUUACGGUACGGUAUAUCUCAGACCAGGCCCGUCCAGCGUCCUCACCGCUGUCCCAACCGCUCGCACAACUUGGCCACCUUAUUUUUCUUUGUGCCCACUCGUCAAUUCGAGAAAAGCCAGCCCUGGUUAGCAGCUACAGACCGGCAGACAGACGCUCACACAUCCGGCAUUAUAUCACAGGCUCUUUUCUUCUUAGCCUGCCCGUCCAAGUAUUUUUUUCGUGCCGGGCAACCAAUUUAAUCGCGAGCCACGCCAACUCGUCGAGUAGCAUUCCUGCCACGCUAGACGUGUCGGUUUCCUGAUUAGCCUCGCUUUUGAGAGUGUUGGGCUUUGAGGCUGUUUAUACCACCACUAGCUGUUCAUCUCAUUUCAUAAUUUCGAAUAUGCCUCCUGGACGGCCUCGUACUCGCGUCAUCUCCAACGAGAAUGACGAGAACAGCACUACAACGCGUAUGACUAGGGCCAAGGCGGCGGCUCUUCACGUGGACGACUCAGUAGCACCUACCAAGUCUACGCUUCAGACAAAGAAAACGACUGUCAGUACCAUUGCUGGUAACGGAAUUAGAAAACGCGCUGCUCUGGGCGAUGUCAGCAAUGUCAGCAAGGCGGAUGGCGUGGAGGGAAAGAAGACGGCAGGAACAAAGGUUGGAUUGGUGUCCAAGGCUGCUCAGCCCACAGGCGUCCAGAAGAGCACUCGCCCUGCAACGACAAGCCGAACAGCUUUGGUGAACAAGGAGGUCAAAAAGCCGGAAGUAAAGAAGUCAGGACCUGGAGCCAUUGGACCCAAGAGGAAGGUUGCUCCAGCUGCACCAAAGGAAGUUGUACGUCAGGAGGCGGAACCCGCUCGAAAGAGAGCACACGUGGAUGUUGAGAAGCGCUCUCGUCCUGAAGUCACCGAGCCCAAGGCCAAGGCCCCGGUUCCUGACGCUGCUGCCGUCAAGGCUGCUGCACAGGCCGCUGCCCAAGCUGAAGCCAAAGCCGCAGAGAAAGCCGAACUUCUUGCAAACAUUAAGAGCCUUGACGAGGAGGAUCUGGACGAUCCUUUGAUGGUUGCCGAAUACGCUAACGAAAUCUUCGACUAUUUGAGAGAGCUAGAGGUCCGCUCAGUUCCCAAUGCCGACUACAUGUCUCACCAGGACGACCUCGAGUGGAAGACACGGGGAAUUCUCGUCGACUGGCUGAUUGAGGUCCACACCCGAUUCCAUUUACUCCCUGAAACCCUGUUCCUGGCCGUCAACAUCAUCGAUCGAUUUCUCUCCGAAAAGGUUGUCCAGCUCGACCGUCUCCAGCUCGUUGGCAUCACCGCCAUGUUCAUUGCCUCCAAGUACGAAGAGGUUCUCUCUCCUCACGUGGAAAACUUCAAGAAGAUUGCCGAUGACGGCUUCAGCGAGGCUGAGAUUUUGAGUGCAGAGCGUUUUAUCCUUGGCACACUGAAUUACGAUCUCAGCUAUCCUAACCCAAUGAACUUCCUCCGCCGAGUUUCAAAGGCAGACAACUACGACAUCCAGUCACGUACCAUUGGCAAGUAUCUUACGGAGAUCAGCUUGCUGGACCACCGCUUCAUGUCUUUCCGCCCCAGUCAUGUCGCCGCCGCUUCUAUGUACCUAGCACGGCUUAUGCUUGAUCAUGGCGAGUGGGAUUCAACUAUCGCCUAUUAUGCAGGUUACACAGAAGAGGAGGUUGAGCCUGUUGUCAACCUCAUGGUUGAUUACCUAGCACGACCUCCCAUCCACGAAGCAUUCUUCAAGAAAUAUGCUAGCAAAAAAUUCCUCAAAGCUUCUAUUCUAUCCCGCCAGUGGGCCAAGAAGAACGCACCUCUCUUUGGUAUUGAAGAUCUUCACCUGUCUUUGGACCAAAUUUCAUGAUCAUGACGACGUUGGCUGUCACUCUCAUCUUCUUUCUUUUUUUCCACUUUACGUUUUGAAUUAUCGCGAAAUUCGUCCAGAAUUGGGAUACGACUAUCACGUUGGACUACGCCAUGACCUAACUGUUCAGCAAUAAUGCGACUUGGAAGCAUUA